AUGACUAAAUGUUCUGUUAAAUGGUGUAAAAACUAUAGCGGCGGAAGCAGCAAUAUUUCUUUUCACCUAUUUCCCAGGGACCCUUCUCGAAAGAGAAAGUGGGUAGAAGCAGUUCGUAGAGAAGACACCUGGAUUCCAACGAAACACAGCGCUAUAUGCAGUGUACAUUUCGAAACUGCCUAUUUUAAUAACAAUGCAAAGAAACAGAAAAAGCUCGAAAAAGAUGCUGUUCCAACAUUGUUUUUACCGAUAUAUUCACAAGAAGUAAAUAACAAGCAUUCAAUAGAAAGUGUUCAAAUCAAUCCAGACGUAGUAGUACCAGCUGAAAGUUUAAACCCGUUACAAGAAGAUGUGCAGUUGGUACAGACAACAAAGUCCAAUCAAGUUCAAGUAUUAGAUUCUCCAAGAAUGCUUAGACUGAGAAAAAAGAUACAUGAACAAACUAAAAAAAUUAAACGACUACAAUACAGUAAUCGCUGUUUAAGGAAAAGAGUGACAACAUUAGAAGAAAUACUGAUUAGUUUGACGGAAAAAAAUCUUAUAACAGAAGACGAUAGUGUUGUAUUGGAAAAACUUGGAAGAAAAACAAAGGAUUUACUGGAAAGAAUUAAGCAGAAAAAAGAAACUGGUAACGUUCCGCGU